AUGCUCACCGAGCUCUAUCCAAUGCUCUGUUUCCACUCCCUCGGAUUCCUGUUCAUUUCUAUGUGUGUGACACCGGAGCUGAAUGGAAAAACGAAGGCCACCUCCAAAGUGGCCGUGCCAACGACGACGGUGGACCAAUCCACGUCAUUUGCAUUCCCUUCAUCUCCAUCGGUCUCACCGUACUGUCUGACCGCGUGCUCAUCACCAAACCCACAAUCAUCGUCGCGUGAGCCUUCAGCCUCGACGAACAACCAUCAUCUUUUAUCACCUCUAGUCUCACGUCGUCACUACAUCUCUCAUCGAUUACCUCAACGAGCUGUACUUUCGAACGCGCCACCAAUCCAGUCAGCUGCUAUUGUCUUUAAGACAUCGGCGGUGCAAAGUCAAGCGCAACCCCAACCACCACCGAUAUUAGUCGUAGGUCCUCCCCAAGAAAUGCCAGUAUUUCAUCAAAAAGUGGCAAGCAGCGGCGGCGCUGGUUCCAUUGCCAAUCCCAAUUCUUUGGCACUCCGUCGUCUACCACUUGUUGUUAUUCCACGAAAACGAAAAUACAAGAAUUACGUUUCUCGUCGCCGGAAUACUCAACUACUUGCCAGUUUACGAAGAUGUGUCUCUGACCCCCACCUCUACAAAAGCUACAACCACUGGAAAGGUCUUUCCAGCCCGAUGACUCCUAUAAAAUCUGGAGCUCCUACACCAUCUCUCGCACCCACUUCUAAAACUUCUACUCCUCUUACCGUACCACCAGCGGUACCCGCUCAUAAAAAGUUGACACCGAAUCCGUCGCCUACUCAAAAUCCUGUCAAACUUCCUUCUCCACAUGCAGUUUCCGAGAAGCCAGAAAAAAUAGAGAGAAUUGAGAACGCUGAAAAACCACUGGCGGAAAAAUCUAAAGCUGCAGUUGCUCCAACUACAGUACCCGCGAGAGCUCCAGUAACAAAGCCCGCUGCUCCUAAAACUCCAGUAGCUACUGUUGCUCCUUUGGCUGAACAGGAAGGUUCAUCAAGCUUCAACCAAUUUCCUGCUCCAUCUCCAAUUUCGAAGCAAGUCUCUGGAAAACUAACAGAGCUGAAGAGCAAGAAUGGUCCACCAACUGAGAAGACCGUGCUAAGGAUUCCAUCCGCUGCGUCUACUAGGGCGAAAUUAGCUUCUGCUGAAACUCAACCCCAGCCAACACCUGCUAAACCUUCUCCAUUUGCUCCAGCGAUUGCUCCUCUGAGGGACGGUGCCCCCGCUCAACCAGCGCCUGUUCAAAAUGUUGCAGCUCCACCAAGGCCACCUGUCGCAAAGCAGAACUCUCUUCAAAAGCCUCCCGAGCCAAAACGAUCAAUUGGCGCUCCCCCAAAGCCAAUAGUACCAAAUGAAGCUGUACAUAAAAUUGACGGCAUUGAGUUUCUUCCCAAAGAACCGGAAGAUGGUCAACUUCCCACUACUUCUACGGGUGGUCCGAAGGCUCUCCGACGAGCUUAUGGAUCUAAAUCGGGUACCACGAUAUGUGCAAUUGGCAGUCCAAAUGUGCCAUCGACAAGUCAUGCGGCUCCACCACCAGCGGAUGACGAGAAGAGGUUGAUAGAAAAAAAGUUGUCUCUUCGAAAAAAGAAAAUGGCUGGAGAGGGAGUACCAGGAGGAUCACUACUAACUGGAUCGAAAUCUGGUGUAGAAAUUGGGUUGAGCUUGAAUAACAACAAUAAUGUCAAAGAGCAAACCGAUGAGCAACGUGCUAAGAAAACUGUGAAUGCCGUAUCUGCUGCGUUUUCCACUCAAGGAGGAUCUGGAGCAGGUCAAGGUGCACCUCCAGAAGAGCCGACUACUACUGCAACCAUUCGAGAACCACCACCACCUGGCGCUCAAAAACCAAAAUCUGCAGCGGUUCAAAAUUUGAUAACACAGCUCCAACUACCAGCUUCUGUAUCUGCAAAAGUUGAUAAAAUCAUUGCUAGUGGUGAUAAGGCACGGAAACCGUCUAGAACUGGUUUACAGACUCAACAAAACCGAAGCAAGAUUAUCGAGCAGAAUCCAUUGGCCACGGACAAGUUGAGAGAUGAUAAGGAUGGUCAUUUGGUCUACUCCAAGGGAGAUUUCAUUUUGAACAGAUGUGAGUGUUUUUUUGUGUUUUGUAAAACAUUUGAACUUUUUCCAGUUGUCAUCCACGAAACACUUGGAGAAGGAACCUUCGGAAAAGUUGUUCGAGUCAUCGAUACGGUCACUGACAACUUCAUGGCGCUGAAAAUUAUCAAGAACGUUAACAAGUACCGUGAAGCUGCCAGACUUGAAAUUAAGGUGCUCCAAAGGUUGUCGGAGAGAGAUAAGGAGAAACAAAACUGGGUCAUUCACAUGGGAGGCCACUUCGAAUACCAAGGACACAUGUGCUUGAUGUUUGAUUUGUUGGGACCAUCGAUUUUCGACUUCUUGAAGAACAAUCACUAUCGUCCCUAUCCAAUCAACCAAACGAUGCACAUCGCGUGGCAAGUUUGUAAGGCAGUCAAGUUUUUGCACGAGAACAAGCUCACCCACACCGACUUGAAGCCUGAGAACAUCCUGUUCGUAUCUGGUGACUACACUACCCAAGUAAUGGACAAGAAGCCGACCAAAGUCCUGAAAGAAACACAAAUUCGAUUGAUCGAUUUUGGAUCGGCCACUUUCGAUCAUGAGCAUCACUCAACGAUUGUGUCUACACGCCAUUACAGAGCUCCGGAAGUUAUUCUUGAACUCGGAUGGAAUCAACCGUGCGACGUCUGGUCUGUUGGAUGUAUUCUCUACGAGCUGUACACUGGGUGCACCCUCUUCCAGACUCACGAGAACCGUGAACACUUGGCGAUGAUGGAGCGAGUGCUUGGAGAUAUUCCACCAAGAAUGGCUAAGAAGACAAAAACCAAGUUCUUUGUCAAUGGCCGCUUGGACUGGGCGCAAUCUUCCCCGGAUGCUGCCUACGUUCGUGACAACUGCAAGCCACUCAGGCGCUCCAUGACCUGCACUGAGCCAGAGCACGUUGAGUUGUUCGAAAUUAUCGAGCACAUGCUUGCUUACGAACCAAUGGGACGAAUGAAAUUGUCGGAAGCAAUCGAACACCGUUGGUUCCGACGUCUUCCAGACGAAUUGAAGCAUUCUACUGUGCUGACACCUCCGACCAAGGCAAACUUCCCAAUGUAA